AUGGUAUUUUUGACGUUGCUCUUGUCACGACGUUACACUUCAACGAAACUCAAUAUAGCUACACAAACAGAUCCAUUACAGAGCCGCCAUUUCACCAAGUACAAGUCGACUGUAUCGCCAACUCCCAUUAUGACUCCUAUCAACGGCAUUGACACCAACAACGAUGAUCAACUCGAAUAUCUUGCUGAAACUAUUCCUUCAUCACCAACCCAUAAUCCUCUAUCUUCUACUUCUAAAACCAAGACAAGUGGCGACAUGGGAAGUCCGAAGCUUUUCAUUACGAAGCAGGCAUCUCCGGAAGCCGGAAAUGACAGUGAUCCAUGCGAUCUCCUUGAAGCUCCGGAGCUCGAGUGCAAGAUCUAG